UUUUUGUGUCGCUGUGAAAUUUACCGAACCAAGCACCAUUUUUUACAAUUAACUUUGGUUUUAACACCAGUGUACAUGAGAAAGAAUAAUCUAUUAUUCAUGAAGAAUCCAAGUCACUUAAAUAGUCGCCUCUCGUCACUGACGAGAUGAGCAAAAUGUUAUAUUAGAGAAUACGAGUGAAACUUGGCUGGUGACAGCUGAGUCGACCAGUCCAAAAUCCAGCCGACUCACCAUCUGCAAUAUCAAAAUUGGUCAGGCGACUCGUCGCUCGCCUCGUUUUCUGUAAUAAGCCCCUAUAACAAAAAAUCCCCAAACGCGAUUACUCGAAAUAAUGUUUUUGGAGCGACUGUUGUAUUAUUGGCAGGAAUGGAAUGGACUAUAUGGAGGCAUGAUGAUGUUAUAACCGCACGCAACCAUUAAAAGCCGAUAAGGUAACAUUAGGUGGAAACGAUACACGAUACCUGAACUGACCAGAAACGGUACACGGUAGCUUGAGCUUGAGCUUGAACGACCCAGGACUAUGCUAUCACUGUCAAAUCUCAUAUAUUUGCUGCGUACCCAACAUCUCAACGGUCUGCGGUUCGCCUGACAGAUACGAAAAAAGUCCAGAAAAAAUUCCAUUUAACUUGAAAUGGUUGCCGGAAGAACUCUUCACUCUCACAUUAGAAAGGUAUAGCAUGAUGUCAUCCCCUUGGAACGACCGCACAUGACCAGAAACGGUACACGAUACCUAACAAUUACUCAAAUUAGAAAAAGUUCUGCACGCUGAAAAAUAAAAAAAUAUCCAAAAGAUCGAAAAAAUCGGAUCGAAAAAAAAAUCUUUUCAAUCCUUUCAGGGCUGAAGAAUCGAUCAAAAAAUCGAGAAUCGUGGUUGAAAUGAUCGAUCCUCUGUAGAUCGAUUAAAGAUCGACCAAUCCCAAAGUAAAAAAAUACUUUGGACCAAUCCUACAUAGUUCACUGGUGUUUUUGAGACUGAUUGUCUCGGGCCAAAAAACACUAAACUAAACACAACAACAACAAAAAUUACAUAUUUUUUGAGUGUUUAUAAUAAAAAACGUCUUAAUCUAUUAGUACCCUGCCUUAUCCAUGCUGAGAAAUCAAAAUAUAACAAACGUACCUGGCGACGUAAAGCGCGGCUCCGGAAAUGAAAAACGAAGAUAUGUGGAAGAUUUGAAUACGCUAAGUAAAAGAGAAUUAUUGGAUCUCAAAAAUCGCCAAGAACUGUUAUUACAAAACAGAAGUCGUAUAUUAAAACUUCCGGACAAAGGCGCCAAAGCUCAAAAAUUUUAUGAUGAAAUCCUUAAGCAACUGCACAUUCAUGAUGAUGUUUCACAAGCAGCAGAGCUGUUUUCGGAACUAAACAUAUCUGCUAUUGGCAAGAAAUCUUUAGCUAAAAUGGAAUGGAGCACCAAUAACAUGACUUCGUUAGAAUUUAAUGCAAUACUUGACAGUGAUGAUGAUUUGGAUGAUCAAAAAACUAACCCUAUGGCUUUGUUGGCACAAAGUACUACUAAAGAGAAGAAAACUGUACUCCCUCCUUAUCAACCGUCCCUUAUUACUGAUCAAGAUAUAAAAGAAAUCGAACAGAUGAAACAGGAAGGUGCCACACAUAUUACAGCCGAUAUAAUAGAAAUUGAUUCAAUGCAGACUCCCGCUAGAGUUAGUGGCUUUCUCCAAAAAGUACAAGAAACAGAUUCAAAUGUUGGCCAGAACGAAAUAUUUGACAUUCAUUCAAUACGACUAUGUAGAAAGGAAAACACUACUGACAAAAAAGAAAGAUUUCUUCCAUUCCGAACGACAAAAACUAAUGUACAUGAUAUAGAUAAAGAGAGGAACCGAUAUUUGAAACAUGCUAAAUGCUGGGAUAAUACAGCUGCAACACCGCCUGCUAGUACUCAUUGCCCCGCAAAAAUGCUUACGUUGGAUGAAUCAAUACAUAUACAAGCUGAGAAAAAUAAGUUAGUUCAAGCAGCUCAGAAUCUCUAUGCUAAAGAAAGAUUGAAGAGGCGCUUGGAAAUUAAUGAAAAACUUCAAAGCGUCCAACACGACGUUAUGUUUGAUUCAAUUGAUUUUCAUGUCUACAGAACUUCAUCAGAGAGCGAGAGCGAGGGCGAACACGACGUAGAAGCUCGAUUCAACUCAGAUGGCGAAUAGAAAAUAGCGUAGUUAAAUACACAAAUAUCUUUACACAUUGCAAUUGUUUAUUGAAUGUAGUACAGGUAUAACACUCAUGAUUAAAUAGAAUAAAAUUGUGUUGCCGUUGACGAUUGUAAUUCAA